CCGGCCUUUGCCCGGAGCGGCGGGCACUGUCCCGGCCUCUGCCCGGAGCCGUGGCCAUGGCGCUGGCCCGGCGUUUUCCCGGAGCCCUGGCCAUGGCGCUGGCCCGGCCUUUUCCCGGAGCCCUGGCCAUGGCGCUGCGGGCCGGCGGGCGCGGGGCGCGCCUGGGCUCGGAGCCGCGGGACGCCGGGGACAGCCCGCGGCACCGCGACCUGCGGGAGGCGCUCCGGAAGAUCAUUGACAAGGAGAUUAAUCCCUUUGUGGACAAGUGGGAAGAAGAGGGACAGUUCCCAGCACAUAAAGUGUUUAAAAUCCUGGGACAGGCUGGAUUCCUUGGUGUGGAUAAGCCAACAGAAUAUGGCGGCAUGGGUUUGGACUUCUCCUAUAACAUUGCAGUGGCAGAAGAGCUGGGGAAUAUCCGUUGUGGAGGUAUUCCCAUGGCUAUUGGAGUGCAAGCUGGCAUGGCUACCCCUGCCCUUACAAGGUUUGGUUCUCAUGAGUUGAAAAAACAGUUCCUUAUACCAACUAUAGCUGGUGAUUUUGUGGCUUGCUUGGGAAUCAGUGAACCUGGAGCUGGGUCAGAUGUUGCAAAUAUCAAGACAACGGCUGUGAGGAAGGGCGAUGAGUAUGUCAUAAACGGUGCUAAGAUGUGGAUCACAUCUGGGAGCCAGGCAGACUGGAUGUGCCUGCUGGCAAACACCAGCGAAGGACCUCCCCAUCGAAACAAAUCUCUCAUGUGCCUGCCAAUGAAUCUACCUGGCAUUCAUGUUGCUAAAAAGAUAGACAAACUGGGGAUGAGGUCAUCGGACACUGCUCAGAUCUUUUUUGAAGAUGUAAGGGUCCCCUGCAAAAACGUCAUCGGUGAGGAAGGGAAGGGUUUCACGUACCAGAUGUUGCAAUUCCAAGAGGAGCGGCUGUGGGGAGUGGCCACUGCCCUGACACAAAUGGAAACCAUAAUACAAGAAACCAUUGAGUACACCCGGCAGCGGAAGGUGUUUGGGCAGCCUGUCCUGCACAACCAGAGCGUGCAUUUCCGCCUGGCCGAGCUGGCCACCGAGCUGGAGCUGCUGCGCUCGCUGCUGCACCGCGCCGUGGCUCUCUAUGUGGAAGGCAACGAUGUGACAAAAUUUGCUUCCAUGGCCAAGCUAAAGGCAGGUCGUCUGACCCGUGAGGUGACCGAUAGCUGUCUCCAGUUUUGGGGAGGAAUGGGAUUCACCAGUGAAGUUCUUGUGAGCAGAUUUUACAGGGACUUGAGAUUGAUGUCAAUAGGAGGUGGCUCAGAUGAAACCAUGCUUUCCAUCAUAUGCAAAUACAUGGACACACUUCCAAGAAAGUGACGCAUCUCCACUCUUCCUUGAAAAUGAAGAAAGCAAGAGCAUGACUUGUGCUGCACACUGAAGGUGACAAGCAGCCAAAACGCUUCAAGCUGAAAAGAGAUCAGUAAUUUUGCCAGCAAAAUGCACAUCAAGGUCUUUCACCAUUACCACUCUGCGUUUUCCAGCGUCAAAUUUUUGUUGAUAUGAAGCACUCUGAAAGCCUGCAGCCUGCUGCAUUCCGUGUUUUCAGUGGGUUACUUAAGUUUUCCAAUGACCCAUGCUAAGCACACAGAAAAA